AUGAGCGGCGAGCUGGACGCGAGACCGCCCUACGGCGCCGGGCUCCGGGCUGGGGCGGGGCGCGGAGCUGGCGCAGCUGGGAAGCGCGCGCGCCACUUCCGGGCGGCCGAGCGCGUGGUGCCUCGGCGACUGCGGCCCGCGGCCAUGCUGAAAUGCGAGAUGAACGGCGGUCAGGGGAAAGUAUUUGGGAGAGCAGUCCAGGCCCUGUCACGAGUCAGUGAUGAGCUGUGGCUGGAUCCAUCUGACAAAGGUCUUGCUCUAAGAUCUGUGAAUUCUUGCCGGUCAGCAUAUGGCUGUGUCCUCUUCUGUCCUGUGUUUUUUCAGCAUUAUCAGUGGUCAGCCUCUGUGACAACGGAUAAUGAUACAGCACCAAAUUUAAAUUGCCAGUUGGGAAUGAAAUCAAUCCUGCCCAUUUUUAAAUGUCUGAAUUCCCGCGAAAGAAAUGUAGAGAAGUGUAAGAUAUUCACCAGAUCUGAUAAGUGCAAAGUGGUUGUUCAGUUUUUCUACAAACAUGAUCUGAAUAGUCCUAUAUACAGUGAAAUGACUGUUGGCCCUGAGGAGUUUGACUUCUUCCAAGUUAGAGUUGACACUGAAAUAACAUUUUGCUUCAAAGAAUUGAAGGGAAUGCUGACAUUUUCAGAAGCUACACAUGCACCUAUAUCCAUUCAUUUUGAUUUUCCUGGGAAGCCUCUGGCUUUAAGCGUUGAUGACAUGUUACUGGAAGCAAACUUCGUUUUGGCCACGUUAGAUGAUGAGUCGAGUCAAGCGUCUUCCCCACAAUCCCUGUGUCUUUCCCAGAAGCCAGGAAGGUCAGAUCUGAUAUGCUCAAAUUCAAAGGCUGGCAAAAAUGUCAGUGGAAAAGCCCCCGAGAAUAUCUCAAGACAAGUGUCACGCAAAAGGUUUUACCCUAAUGAGACACUCACACAUCUCUCUACACCGGAAAAUGGCGGCAGCCCUGAGACGGAAGGAGGAAAUGAAGACAGCAGCGAGGAACAGGGACAUGGCGUCGGCGGCACGGGAGAGCCGGGGCCUCUGUGUCACUGCAAGAAAAACAGUUGCUCAGGGGCUGCCUGGAAGUCGACCUUCUUUCAGUGAGCAAGCAGGAAGCAGCCCCACCGCUCGCAGCUACCACGGCACCAGCACCCCAGGGCCGCCAGGGGGAAGCAUUGCCC